AUGACCAGUGCGCAGAUUGCGAAGAGGAGUCACAAGUUCAACUCGACGAGAACAAGCACAUUCAGCACUGCAAAGAAGGUGAUUGAGUUGGAGCAACAGGUUGCACAAACAGAGGCAACUUUGAAUGACAAAAUAGCUGAGAAGCAGAAGUUAGAGGCAGAAGUAACGAAGUUAUCAACCCCAACAGUCGAUUCACUUACAAAUGCGUUCUAUAGGGGACUAGGAGUUGAUUUUGUCAAACAAGAUGGGGGAAUAUUCGCUAGAAUCAAAAACAAGGAGAAGAAUGACGUAUUUCUGCUGGAUUUGGAGAACGAUGACCAGGAGAAGACAUGUGAAGAAAUCUGGUCACUCUUUGAAUAA